CCCGCGCUGGGCUCAGCAGCCGACCCUGGGGUGAGCGCAACCUCGUGCCCUCCGCCGGUCCUCGUCGCCUGCAGCCUCGUCCCCGCCGCCGCCGCCGCCGCCGCCGCCGCCGCCCCGGGGCAUGGCCUGUCUGAUGGCCGCUUUCUCGGUCGGCACCGCCAUGAAUGCCAGCAGCUACUCGGCAGCGAUGACGGAGCCCAAGUCGGUGUGUGUCUCGGUGGACGAAGUGGUCUCCGGCAACAGGGACAUCGGGGAGACGGAGCUGCUGAACGGGCGUCUCAGGAGGGAGGACAACAACCUCACGGAGGCCCAGCGCCUGUCGUCCCUGCCCAGAAGGGCGGCCGUGAACAUCGAGUUCAAGGACCUCUCCUACUCGGUCCCAGAGGGUCCCUGGUGGAGGAAGAAAGGGUACAAGACCCUUCUGAAAGGCAUUUCCGGGAAAUUCAACAGUGGAGAGCUGGUGGCCAUCAUGGGUCCUUCCGGGGCUGGGAAGUCCACACUCAUGAACAUCCUGGCCGGAUACAGGGAGACCGGCAUGAAGGGCGAGGUCCUCAUCAACGGCCACCCGCGGGACCUGCGCUGCUUCCGGAAGGUGUCCUGCUACAUCAUGCAGGACGACAUGCUGCUGCCGCACCUGACCGUGCAGGAGGCCAUGAUGGUGUCCGCACACCUGAAGCUCCAGGAGAAGGACGAAGGCAGGAGAGAGAUGGUCAAGGAGAUCCUGACGGCCCUGGGCCUGCUGUCGUGCGCCAACACGCGAACGGGCAGCCUCUCGGGCGGCCAGCGCAAACGCCUGGCCAUCGCGCUGGAGCUGGUCAACAACCCUCCUGUCAUGUUCUUCGAUGAACCCACCAGCGGCCUGGACAGCGCCUCGUGCUUCCAGGUGGUCUCCCUGAUGAAAGGCCUGGCCCAGGGAGGGAGGUCCAUCGUCUGCACCAUCCACCAGCCCAGCGCCAAGCUCUUCGAGCUCUUCGACCAGCUCUAUGUCCUCAGUCAAGGGCAGUGUGUGUACCGGGGAAAAGUCUCAAAUCUUGUACCGUAUUUGAGGGAUUUAGGUCUGAAUUGCCCAACCUACCACAACCCAGCUGAUUUUGUCAUGGAAGUGGCAUCCGGCGAGUACGGCGAUCAGAACAGCCGUCUGGUGAGAGCCGUCCGGGAAGGCUUGUGCGACUGUGACCACAGGCGAGAGCCCGGGGGAGACACCGAGGUGAACCCUUUUCUCUGGCACCGGCCCUCUGAAGAGGACUCCGCCUCCGUGGAGGGCUGCCACAGCUUCUCGGCCAGCUGCCUCACCCAGUUCUGCAUCCUCUUCAAGAGGACGUUUCUCAGCAUCAUGAGGGACUCGGUCCUGACGCACCUGCGGAUCACGUCUCACAUUGGCAUCGGCCUCCUCAUCGGCCUGCUCUACCUGGGCAUCGGGAACGAAGCCAAGAAGGUCCUGAGCAACUCCGGCUUCCUCUUCUUCUCCAUGCUCUUCCUCAUGUUCGCGGCCCUCAUGCCCACCGUCCUCACGUUUCCCCUGGAGAUGGGAGUGUUUCUUCGAGAACAUCUGAAUUACUGGUACAGCCUGAAGGCCUACUACCUGGCCAAGACCAUGGCCGACGUCCCCUUUCAGAUCAUGUUCCCAGUGGCCUACUGCAGCAUCGUGUACUGGAUGACGUCGCAGCCGUCCGACGCCGUGCGCUUCGUCCUCUUCGCCGCGCUGGGCACCAUGACCUCGCUAGUGGCGCAGUCCCUGGGCCUGCUGAUCGGGGCUGCGUCCACAUCGCUGCAGGUGGCGACCUUCGUGGGCCCGGUCACGGCCAUCCCAGUGCUCCUCUUCUCAGGGUUCUUCGUCAGCUUCGACACCAUCCCCACCUACCUGCAGUGGAUGUCCUACAUCUCCUACGUCAGUUUGUCAGGUCAGACCUGGAUGGAUUGCUCUGGAGAACAAAGUCGAAACAGCCUCGUGCGGAGCGCCCGGAGUCUGUGCUCCUGCCCAGCCCGGGAGAUCAGACACCGGUGCCUUUCUUCUCAGAAUGAGCGCUGUUGUUCUGACACCGGAGGGCUCGGACAGGACCACAGGUACGGGUUCGAGGGCGUCAUCCUCUCCAUCUACGGCCUCGACCGCGAGGACCUGCACUGUGACAUUGACGAGACGUGUCACUUCCAGAAGUCAGAGGCCAUCCUCAGAGAGCUGGACGUGGAGAACGCCAAGCUCUACCUGGACUUCAUCGUGCUGGGCGUUUUCUUCAUCUCCCUGCGUCUCAUCGCCUACCUCGUGCUGAGGUACAAAAUCCGGGCCGAGAGGUAAAGCCCCUGGAUGUUGGGGGGACAGGAGAACUGGACGCUGCGGCCACGGGCCACUUCCAGAACCGGCGGCAAGCCCAGGCCUGAGGACACAGACGCCCCUCUGACCCCACCCCCCGGGGACCACGUGUGGUGGCCGGGCGGCCAGUGGUGGAUGUUGCCGCCUGGCUGGGGUGGGUCCUUUCCCCAUUACCCUUUCUAGUUCUACCUAGGAAGACGAUGUAGGAAGAUUUUUGGUUUUUGUUUUUUUCACAUGCAAAAUUGUCAAAUAUCACAACCAGGGCAGAAUUUUAAAUGGCAACAGAGCUGGGGAUGAGAGGCUUCCUCGGCAAAAUUCUCCCUUCUGACCCGGAAGCUCUGGUCCUGGCCCGGGGCCUCGGGCAGCUCCCGGGGGUCCCUGGGCAGUCAGACGUCUGGGAGCGGAAGGCGAAGCUUGGAGAGAUUCCAUUCUGUGACUGGUGUUUUCGUAGUUCCAUCUUUCUGCAAUUUGCCUCUUUUUUUUUCCAACGAGAAGUCAUUUUCCAAGCCACGAGGGGAUCAGUUUCAUGCUUUUCAGAAACUGCACCUUUUCCGUCCUGGUUGAAGACAGUUAUUCAGGGUAAAUAACAUCCUUUGUUUGGAGAUGUGAGGGGUUUUACCUCAUCACUGAGCUGGUCCCGUUGGCAGAUGGAACUUGAGGAAGAUGCUGAUGUGGGCUCCAGGUCAAAGGCAGACUUUGCUGGCGCUUUGCUAUGCACUCAGCCGUGCAGACAUUUCCAAAAGGAACACAGAAAGUCGGAAGGCAAGAUCGGCCAUCUCUUUAUUUUCCCCAGGUUUCUGAUUUCGAGCAAAAUGUACGGGUUUUUUUUUUUUCUUCCUGACUUUCUGAGCAUCUUCAUUUUUGCCUGAAAAAGACUCUAGAAGAUCCACCCUGUUGAUGUAUCACAUUUUCUCUUCCUUCGCCUGUCACAUCAACUACCUCCACUGAACCUGGGAAGCUGGGCUUAGAGAAAUUCCAGGUGUGAACGUCGCAGGACCUGCAGGUGCAGCCGUGAAGUAGGCGCUCUCUAGUUCUUUCCUGCACAGGAGGGAGGAUGCUGGGAUUUCGUGAGAUCCGAGGUCUUUGCAAGAAACUGGCCAAGACUCAGUGUGGCUGAGGCGCCUGCAUCUCUGUCCAUCCACGAACCUGGAGUCGUGGGAGGCUCCGUCUCCCACAUCCGGUGUCUGUGGCAUCUCAGCAGCACCACCUUCUCAGCACCAGGCUAGUGUAGCCCUUCCUGACCUGAAACGCCUUUCCAGUGUCACGAGCACAUAAGGAAAAUGCCCCUGGGAGCCGUGGGCACGUGUGCGGGGUAAACGGCCUUUGAAUUCCCGGUGGGGUGGUCAGAAGCAGUGGGACCACAGGGUAGAAGGGGACACUGGCCAAAGAAGCUCCUCUGACGGCAGUGGGACUCCCUUUCCCCUUCUAGAAUCCCAUUAACCUAGAGUCAGGGUCUCCUAACGAAAGACUGUAAUUUCGUGGACCGAUUCGUUAACCCUCCCGAGCCUCCGUUUCCCCACCUGUAAGCAGCAGCACAAGGUCGCCUUCAAGGCAUAUUCGGCUCUGAAGUGUUCUGAGACUCCUAGGUGGUGUUCCAGAAAUUUAUUUCCCACGUAAGAGAAGGAGAAAGGGCCAGCUUUUACUUAUAGGUGGGUUUCGUUCACAAAUGCUUGAAGAUCCCUUGGUCGCUUUGGAUCCCUUUUAGUAAAACACAAUUGAGGUCCUGAAAAUGAAAUUUUCAUUUGCUUGUGUUGCACCAAAAGGUGGCAUUGCCUUCCAGAUUAUGUUCUUUAACCAGGGUCAAACUUAGCCUUUAGAAACAGUCCGUAUUCAAUUUCAAGGCCAGUUUGCUUAUAAGAUGUCACACGUAGCAGGACCCAGCCUGGUGCAAUAGAGAGUUGGGAAGAGGAAGAAGUCCUUGACCUCGUCCCAGAAGCCCAUCAGCUGAGGCCCAGCACUGAGACACUGCCUCUGGGUGAGCCCUUCCAGCCACGGGCCACGGAGUCUAAGAAGGAAGUGACACCAGAGCCCGCACGGUGCAGGACUGACCGGGCACAGGCAGCCUCCCGUCCCUCCCGGGAGCCCACAGGCACUGUGUCUCAGCAAUUUCAGAAGGAAACAGUGCGAUUCCUCUAGAUUGAGAAUCUGGUUCCCAAGCAUCCGUAAACCCUCAAGAGGAAUUAGUGCUUCCUUAGGAGCUCAUGCUCCCUGCAUCUCAAGUCUCCACUCUUAGCAGGUUUUAUUCAUCCCUUCAAAGAUGAGGGACGAAUUAAGAUCCUCUCGGGGUGGGGGGCAGGUCUUGGGGGCUGUGGCGGCUGCUGCGCUGCCAGAAGGGAGAUGCUUGUGCAGAGAAACGUGGCGGUUUUGAAAGGAUGCUAACUGGGAUGCAGUGGGUACCGCAGCACAGCUGGCUUAGGAAGACCCAGGGCCUGCUGAGCAAGGAUGCUGACGGACCAGCCGUGCUGUCCGUCAUCCUCCAGUCUCGGCAUCCCCUGUCCCUUGCUCGAGCUUUCCUGUCACACGCGCUUGCAGCACAGACCCAAUGCUGCAGUUAGACUCCCCAGCUGUUUUCCCUCUGCUUUGCGUAGUGUGCAGGGCAGUUGGACAAAAUGCCUUAUUUAUCUCAGGCGAGGCCAUGCACGUCACCUGCUGAUGUGAUUUCUCAGCAGGUGUGGAUACGAGCUGGGGGAGAAUGUCCUGUCUUUUGUAUUUGGGAUUUCAAGCAGGCCGCCUCCCCAGCGCUUACGCUUUUAAGUCAUUUCUGAAUAUGUCCCGACUCAAAUCUUCCUUUCACCGCUGAUUUUGCUUCUUCACUUAGAAGGAAGGAGUACUUUUGAUGAAGGAGGUGCUGCCUUCCCCGUUGUUAGUAGAGGCGGAAACAGAAAUCUGAAGAGCAUCUGUUCAACUGGAACUUGGGAGAGAAAGGGGCCCCGCUGGGGUCCAGCCCCGGCUCCACGGAAGCGCUGGGGUCUGGAGCUGCCGACCACCCCGGCCUUCGCCUCUGAGCCCAUUCACAGCCAUUCCUGCCUCGCUCUUCCCUGCUCUACCCAUUUACCAGCUUGAGAAUUAAAUGCUUCGAAGGCUCCCACGUGCGUGACCUGGGAGGGGAGGAAACCAGGCAAACAUCUGACAUAGAAGGUGCUGGCAUCUGACUGUCAUCUUGGGGGAGAAGCCUUCGAGACUAAGAAAGGGGGCAUAAGCUUGUAGGUAGAAACGUAGCCUGUAAGUAGACUGAGUCGUAGCUACGACCUCCUUUUCCCACCUGAGCAAGGCACUGCCAGGAGGUCAGGGGCCGACCAAGUCCGCGAAGUAGAAAUCCCUCUGGGGUCUCACGGAGGAGAGAAGCUGGGCCCCCCUGUACCGAGCAUCUCCUUCCCAGGUGGUCCGGAUGCUGGCUGGCUGGCUGGGUACCUUACCAACUCCUCGGUUCAGUUAUUCACUCAGCAAACAUGUGUUGACCCAUCCCCGCGUGCUUGGUGUGGCCCAGGCAUGGGGGGCUGGGGAAGGGGCUCAGACCCAGCCUGCCUUUCAGUGCUGGUGGGCUGGAGGGCACCUCGUUCUGCAGAAGCCAAGCACCACGGCUGGAGGGGGCCGGGAAAGAGCCGGCUUGGAAUGCGAGCCCAAGCUUGAUGCUCCCAUCUGUUUCUCGCUUUGCCACAUUGCCUGCUGUUUGUAGUGGGCACCUGUGCCUGAAGAUGCUUUGCUAGCAUUAACUGCAAUUCUAGGCUCGUUCUGAACUUGCUGUCACCAGUCAGCGAGAUGGGAGGGUGGCCACGCCCCCUUCCGCAGUCGCCUUUGUGUGGGGGUGUCCCGAGCUGGCCCGGGGCCCAGCUUACCCCCAUCUCCGUGGAGAGGUGCCUUCUUCUGCCCUCGUACCUGUGUCCUCGCUGGGGCCCGAGAGGGACCGGGGAGUGUGUUUUGUGUGUGUGUGUGUGAGUGUGGGCACACGUACCUGUGCACGCACACAUGAGGGCACGUACUGGCUCACUCCAGGUGUGUCACUAGUCGUGUUAUCUGUGCUGUCUCUAAAUCCUCAAUCACCCUUUGCCCCGAGAAGGAAAGAAAAUUCCCUCCCCGCAGGCCCUCGUGGGGCGGAUGAAGUGGAGUCAGAAUCCACUCCGACUUGCAGCAGAUGAGAUGCCAGCUCAGUCCGAGUGGGACAGACAGUAACGCCCGAGCCCCUAGCGGGGGAGGGGGGCAGUGUGUAUGGCUUUGGAGUUAGAAGCUCUUAAGAAAUAAAAUAUUUUAUAUAACA